UUUGAUGUGAGAUCGUUGGUCACCGGGGAAAACGUUAAAUUAAAGUCUCACCAGAAUUUUGGAUGGAUUAACGAGGACAUAGGUUUGCGCCAAUAAAAUCACACUAGUGGUAUGUAUAUAAGAGAGGGAUACAUUAAUGCAAACGCUUUUUAUAACCAAAAGCUUCGACAUAACACGACUGCGUUUGCGACGAAAGACAGAGCGUUUAGGGAUCUCUAUAAACCCUUUACUUUAAGAACUCCAUUUUCCAAACUUGGAAACAUAAAAGAUCCCUAAAAAGAAAAAAAAAAUACCAGUUUCUCAGCCUCCACUGAAUAUGAGUGAGAAGCUCGUUUUCAGAAGCAGCGGUGGCGGCGGCGAACGUUACUGCCAUGGAGAGUAUUUGGAGAAGAGACAGCUGUUUCUCAGGAGCUACCAGUUCUCAAGGAAACAGAGCUUUAGGGAGAAGGUUACUAGAUCUGUGAGGAGAGUGAAGAGGUUCGUGUGGACAAAGUUGAGAUCAGCGAGGAAGUUGAAACGCGUUGUCUGGUCUCGACUCAGAUCGGCGUUUUUCUACCGCCGCAGACGCUUUUUCCGCCUCCUUCAUUUACACCAAGACGAACCUUCUUACAACUGUUUCUAAAGGUUUUAGAGAUUUGGGUUACUCUUUGAGUCAGUGUGUUUGUUCCUAUCUUUGAUUAUGUUUUUGCUUUUGCUCAAAUAAAUCAUUGUAUAAUCUCCGUUAAAUCAGAUGAUUAGUAAGUUUAAUUGAA